AUGUAUAAAAUGGAUUACUCCUACCUGAACUCAUAUGACUCGUGCAUGGCGGCCAUGGAGGCAUCGGCCUACGCGGACUUCAGCUCCUGCAGCCAGGCCAGCUCGUUCCAGUACAACCCGAUCCGGACCGGGUUCGGUGCCAACCCGGGCUGCGCGCCCCUCAGCACCGCGAACUGCACGCUGGGGUCCCUGCGCGAGCACCAGCCCACACCCUAUUCCACAGGUAAGAGCGCGCAGAGGGCAUGGGGAGCGGGUAUAGUGGGGCAUGAGCGGAAAAUGAGGCAUGCAGGAGUUUCAUCUCCAGCUGCAAAUGUCUGGGGAUAUUGGCUAUAGUAAAGCGUGCGUAAAAUGUCAUUUUUGUUAUUUGGUUAUACCAACUAGGCUAAUCGAAGAAGGUAAGACCAUUUGAUUUGAUUAAUGAAAACCCAAUCAAUCGAAAUUAAACAUAUUCUGUUUUAUAUUCUCAUACCUCUUAAUUUUGAGGGUCGCUCAAAUCUAACCUCUCGUUUUAUGUUCGUUGGCAUGGGGAUAAUUCAAUCAGUGUAAAAUUCGUUAGAGUGCAAAUAUAUCUGUAUUAUCAACUAAUCAAAUUUGAAAUCGAUUUAGUCAAUUUAAAACAAAUUAGGCCUAUCCUAAAAUGUACCUUAUUUUAUCCAUAAUUUUCUAUUUAAUUCGUUAUGUGGUCAUGAUUCGACUGUGCAAUUCAAAUGUUUGCUACAUUGCCAUACAUUUCCAUUUUUAUGAUUUAUGUCAUUAUGGUUGAACAUGCAAAUGUGUUUAUUUAUUUAAAAUGUUGCAGGAUGAAAUCUCUUGAGAUGCACCAGCUCGUUUUCAAGUGAACCCCCCCUAAAAAAAAUUAAACAAACAAACAAUAGCCUACUUAGUAACAACAAUAAUAUGUCAACUACUGUCUUAUAAUGAUAACAAUGAAAUAAUAAUAAUAAACCAAAACUUACAUUAACAGAACUACUGAUAGGCCUACAACUAAUAACAACUUCUUUUUUUUCAACAAAUGGUUGAAUAGCGCAGGCUAUGCCACCUUAUUCGAAAAGCGUACACCUGCCGCUGCGUCGAAAACGUGAUUAUUGCACUGCUUAAAUCCAGAUCAAGCGAAUUACCACAAUCUUUUUAGAUAAGAUAAUGUUUAAAAAAAAAUAUGCUUUUAUUACAGCUCCAAUGAAGGCAAACCAAUGAUUUAUUCGAGAAUAUCUGUCUCUAAUGAUAAGUAUGACACUUUUAAUUUGAACACUUUAAAAAUAAAUUUGAAUGAAACUGGCAGGUGGUCUAUCACAACAUUUAAUUCAAUGCCCUCGUUGAUAGCCUAUCAAAUUCUGUUAUUCCAUGUUUAGCUUAGGCAAAUUUGAUCAAAUUACACAUUAUUUAGGUUAGUUCAUGGUAUAAUUACAACUAGGUCAUUGCAUAAAUAUAGUCAUAUAUUUUGUACGAUUAUGGACUAUUUACCUAUCAUUGCCAUAGACUAAAGCAAAAGAGAAACAUCAAUAAAACUAACUCAGAAUAAUAAAUGAAAUCAUUAUGGGAACCACGAUAUUCACCUAGCCUACUGGUAGGCUAUAUACCGUUAGUUGGAUUGAUCAAGUCAAUUAUAAACGUGUUUUCUCCAGGAAAAAAACAUUCAGCGUCAAGCUAUAGCCUACCAGGUCAGACAAAAUCAACUCCAUAACAUAGCCUAUCGAAAAACGCCUACAAUAAAACAGAGUUUAUGAUUUACAACACAUCCAUUUUGUUCUGAUACCAUACUUAAUUAAAAUCAUUAAUUGUUUUUUUUUUUUGUGAUUGGUUGACUCCGCAGUUCCAUAUAAGUUCUUCUCGGACCCUUCCGGUUUGAACGAGAAGCGGAAACAGCGGCGCAUAAGGACCACCUUCACGAGCUCACAGCUGAAGGAGCUGGAGCGCGUGUUCGCAGAGACCCACUACCCCGACAUCUACACGCGCGAGGAGCUUGCACUCAAGAUCGACCUUACUGAGGCACGGGUGCAGGUGAGUCCAGUGUUCUGAUGAAAAACACGAAUUGACAAUAGAAUGAAGUCACAAUAGAUGUAAAAAAUAUCAUACAUGUAUGGGCCUACACCAUCAUGUAUUUUUAUUUUUUUAGAAUGCAACCAAUUAUUGUCCAAAUUAUUGCAAUCUACCAAAUUGUAAUCUAUACAUCCUUCAUAUGAGUUUUAUUUUAGCAAUAGUAUCUAUUUCUUUGUGUAUUUAUUUUGUUGCCGUUUUCCUCUGGUUGUAUGUUUAGACUUUUCAAUGAGACUAAACUAUAUCGUCUGUCUGUGUCAGGUAUGGUUCCAGAACCGGCGGGCUAAGUUCCGUAAGGUGGAGCGUGCGGCCAACUCUAAAUCCGGUAACGGGACCGGGGGCUCAGGAGGGAAUAAUGGCUGUACUGGGGGUAAAAAGGGCGAACCCAGAUCUUCCUCGGAUGAGGACGAAUCAAAAGAGUCCAUCUGCAGUCCCACCCCUGACAGCACCGCAUCGCUGCCCGGCUCAGCCAAUGGGAACAUGGGUAGCCCGGCCAGCCUCAGCCCCAGCCCCGCCCCUGCUAACGGUGGCUAUGCUAACACCUCCAGCUCCCCCGUUCUGCAGGGGCUCAAACCCCCUGGCUGGCCCAGCCUAGGCCCUGCUAACCCAGGAAUGGCCCAACCCGUGGCCCAUGCUCCAGAGCUGCUGAAGGCGUGGCAGCCGGCAGACAGUAUGACAGGGCCUUUCGCUGGCGUUCUCUCCUCCUUCCACCGGAAACCCAAUGCGCUCAAGACUAACCUGUACUAG